UCAUCUCGAGCUGAGCGCAGGGGCUCCAAGCGAACCAGCGAGCCAGCGAGUGACGCUCAGCGGGGACCGGGAGGGAGAGAGCGAGCCAGCGAGCGCGGCCGGGCGAAGCGGCCCGCCGGGAAAGGGUGCAGGUCGGGGCGCCGGAGCGGCGUUUCGGGGCGCGGGCUUCAGCUGGACCUUUAGGGGCCGGGUGGCCAGCGCUGCCUACUCUUCUCGGUCACGGGUCCGAGCCGCUCCGAAAGUCGGGUAGCCAGUUGACCACAGGAAGUUUAUUCUCAGCUCCUAUUCUAAAAGGAGGAAAUAGAAGUUUCUUCAAACGGAGCAGCCUUUCUUUUUGUCUUAAUUUUUUUUGUGGGGGUUCACUCUGAGAUCGGGGGUUACCCAGGCUUGGCAGGCAGGGCUCGCCAGGACUCUCUCUCUCUCUUUUUUUUUUCUUUUUCUUUUAUUGCUAAUCGUUGGUUGGCGGCUUGGUUGGCGGCCCCCGGCUCUGCUCAGCCCGGCCUGCGCGCGGGGGCGGAGGGCGCGCAGGGGAGGGACCGAGGGACGCGCAGACUUUUAGAGGGAGGGACCGGGACGCCCGGCCCGCGGCGCUCGGGGAGCAGCCGGAGAGCGCAGCGCAGGCGCUCGGGGGCCCAGCUCUCGGGGUGUUGCCGCCUCCGGUCCGCGCCUGCCAGCCGGGCGCCCAGACUCAGCCGGGGGCGCGGCCGGCGGGGAGCGAGCGCGGAGCAAGCGCGCAGCAGCCCGUGCGCGGCGAGGCAGGGGGACAAGAAGCACCCUGUUUCCUCUCGGGCCCCCAGCGCGGAUCAUGUACCAGGAUUAUCCCGGGAACUUUGACACCUCGUCCCGGGGCAGCAGUGGCUCUCCAGCGCACGCUGAGUCCUACCCCAGCGGCGGCGGCCAGCAGAAAUUCCGGGUAGAUAUGCCUGGCUCGGGCAGCGCCUUCAUCCCCACCAUCAACGCCAUCACCACCAGCCAGGACCUGCAGUGGAUGGUGCAGCCCACAGUCAUCACCUCCAUGUCCAACCCGUACCCCCGCUCGCAUCCCUACAGCCCCCUACCGGGUCUGGCCUCGGUCCCUGGGCACAUGGCCCUCCCCAGACCCGGUGUGAUCAAGACUAUCGGCACCACCGUGGGCCGCAGGAGGCGAGAUGAGCAGCUGUCUCCGGAAGAGGAGGAGAAGCGCCGGAUCCGGAGGGAGAGGAACAAGCUAGCUGCAGCCAAGUGCCGGAACCGUCGCCGGGAGCUGACAGAGAAGCUGCAGGCGGAGACUGAAGAGCUGGAGGAGGAGAAAUCAGGGCUGCAGAAGGAGAUUGCUGAGCUGCAGAAGGAGAAGGAGAAGCUGGAGUUCAUGCUGGUGGCCCAUGGGCCGGUGUGCAAGAUCAGCCCUGAGGAGCACCGGUCGCCCCCGGGCCCGGGGCUGCAGCCCCUGCGAGGUGGCGGUGGCGGCGGUGGCAUGGGCUCUGUGGUGGUGAAACAGGAGCCCCUGGAAGAGGACAGCCCCUCGUCCUCCUCAGCGGGGCUGGACAAGGCCCAGCGCUCUGUCAUCAAGCCCAUCAGCAUCGCCGGCGGCUUCUACGGGGAGGAGCCCCUGCACACCCCCAUUGUGGUCACUUCCACGCCUGCCAUCACCCCAGGCACCUCCAGCCUCGUCUUCACCUACCCCAACGUCCUGGAGCAGGAGUCCCCCGCGUCACCUUCCGAGUCCUGCUCCAAGGCUCACCGCAGAAGCAGUAGCAGUGGGGACCAAUCCUCAGACUCCUUGAACUCCCCGACUCUGCUGGCUCUGUAACCCAGCUCCCCAGGGGCCUCCUCACUGCCUCCCUCCAGGGACCAGCACCUUCAAGCACUUCCAGGCCCUGAGUGAAAACAGGGGGACCCUACCCUGGCUCUGGGGUGACCUGGAGGUUGGUGGUGGGUUGGGGGUUGAUUGUGAGGACUUGGAAAUCCUAGGAACUCCGCCCUCAUUCAUCUUGCAAAGCAAAUCCUGUUUCUUGAAAAGCCUUUGGACAACUGGGUUUGGCAGACUGGGGCAUCUUGCUGGCUUCCAAAGAGCCUGAAGCCAGUGUGGACCAUUCAGUCCCUCUGUUACCAACCACCACAUGUCUCUGGAGCGAUAGUCUCCUUUCCUGCCCCACCACGCAUGCUCAGUGCCUUUUGGGUUCUCCUACUUUGCCCCUUUCUUUCCCCCACCACCUCCACUCCUAAGUGUCAAUUUCACUUCCUCUUGGUUUUUAUGGAGUUUGCCAUGACAUUUCAUCUGGGUGGUCUUAAUAGUAAAGGCGCUUCGUUUCUGGA